AUGGAUAAGAGUGAACAGGCGCGUUAUAUGAUCGCAAAAGAAACUUGGAUAAUGAGCGAGACUGAUGAGAUUAAACCGGAAAAACCAGAUGUGAACGGCACCAUUUCUCCAUCACCAUCGACGAGAAAUGGAAAAAUGUCUGAAUCAUCUGCGUUAUUAAUCGAGGAAGGGCUAUCACUACUUGACUUGAAGUCGUCCGUGAGCCCAUCAAUCCGACCAAUUAGCCCAGAUUUGCUGGAACGCAGUUCUAGUACAGAUUUUGGAUUAACUUCCCAUGUAUUGGCCGGCGUGAAAGCUCCUAGAUUUAAACGUAUCGAUUUUGAUGAUCGUCUUGAAGACAUUGAUUCUAAAAAACCUGCAUGGAAAUCAUGGCUGGAAAAUGUGAAAGAUUCUUAUCAUAAGGCAAAGCGCAGUGCGGAAACAAAACGUGAUGAGAAUGAAUUUAUGGAAAAUACGAUUCUUGGCAAGCCUCACAGAAUCCGCGCUGAAAGUCCAUUUAGAACCUUGGACACUUCCACUGGAUUUAUUCCGUCCAUUAGAUCAAGAAGCAGUAUUUAUACGCCUGCGCUGUCGGAUCGCUCGCGUCUGGCUUCUUCUGCUUCUGUCAGCAAUAUGUUUAAUGCUGGUUCUGGGCCAUAUGCAGCGCCAGCAGUGAGCAUUUCGCAAGGAAUUGAAUCGAGAUAUGAGGAUCGUGCGAAUAACAUUGAAUUAAUGCUUCUCAAAACUGCUCCACUACCAAAACACUACAAAACUAUUACAACUCGAGAGUUCCGAAAAGCCCCCGAACCAUCUGCGGGAAGUAUGUCGGAACGAGAUGACUAUGAUUUUUCGAUGUACACUCCUAAGCCAUAUUAUAGUAGACCAAACCGAGAUGACCCUGACUACUUUGACUUUGAUCUUCAACACUCUGUGAAUAUGUUCAAGCGGCCAGAGGGAAAGUAUACACCAAGAGGGCCACAAGAAUGGGAAAAUAAGUUGGUCAGUGAGUCGAGCACCAAGGGAACUGCUCCGAUAUCUGGACAUAUGUUCACCAAGACGGAAAAUGACUGGAGGAACAAUGGUACGUCCUACUUGAGCGCAGCACUGCGUACUCCAAAGUUCUGGGAACAAAGAUUCGAGAGCAUUGGAAAACAUGUGCGCGAUAGUAACCCAAUCAGUCUGGAGAGCAUAAAUAGAAGGAUACGCACCUUGGAAGAUAUUCGGAAAAACCGCCCGAUUCCCAGCAGAUUCACCGAAUACAGAGAUCCCGACUUUGAUGACUACGACGAUCCGCGCAGCGAUGAUUAA